AUGAAAAGUGUAACUUCAUCAAUCUCCUUUAAUCUCCAUUUAUUUCUCUACACAGGUGUUCUCAGUGAUUUGAGUGUGAAAUAUCCUGAUAAGCUGAUCUGUGGUGUGAGAGGAUUCAGUGUCUCCAUUCCCUGUAGUUAUUCUUAUCCAAAAUCAAAUCCCAAUAUUCAGGUGACACAAAAGCUUUGGUGCUCAAUGAACUCAAACAAAGGAAGGUGUUUGGACCCACCGUAUGUUUAUAAUAGCGCAUCAAACACCAAGUCAGACUUUGAGUACGUUGGAGACAACAAAUCAAACUGCACUUUGUUAAUCCACAACGUACAGUUCAGUUAUUCUGGAGAGUACAAAUUCAGAUUUAUAACUGUUCAGCCUAGUGACAGAUACACAGGUGAUCCUGGAGUGAUUCUACAAGUUGCAGAUUUAAAGGUGUCACUAAUCAGGCUCAGUGGAAACGGAAACCUUAAACAAGGAGACUCGUUAAAUCUGAUGUGUGAUGUGAAGUGCACACACAGUUCCUCACAGUUUGUGUGGUCUAAGAACAACGAGCGCUUACCUGCAUCAGGACCCGUUCUUCACUUUCCUGCUCUAACCGUGAGGGAUUCUGGGAGUUACACCUGCACUUGGAAAACCAACGAGGCGUCAGGAUCUGAAACGAUCAGCCUUCAGGUCGAGGGUGUUCUCGAUCACAGAGAUUGGGGUGUGAAAUAUCCUGAUAAGCCGAUCUGUGGUGUGAGAGGAUUCAGUGUCUCCAUUCCAUGUAGUUAUUAUUAUCCACAGCAAAAUUAUCAGGUGAUAGAAAAGCUUUGGUGCUCAAUGAACUCAAACAAAGAUCAGUGUUAUGGUCCACCGUAUGUUUAUAACAGCUCAUCAAACACCAACUCAGACUUUGAGUACGCUGGAGACAACAAAUCAAACUGCACUUUGUUAAUCCACAAUCUACAGUCCAGUUAUUCUGGAACAUACAAAUUCAGAUUUAUAACUAAUGUGACCAAAGGCAAAUGGACCGGUGAACCUGGAGUGAUUCUACAAGUUGCAGAUUUAAAGGUGUCACUAAUCAGGCUCAGUGGAAACGGAACCCUUAAACAAGGAGACUCGUUAAAUCUGACGUGUGACGUGAACUGCACACACAGUUCCUCACAGUUUGUGUGGUCUAAGAACAACGAGCGCUUACCUGCAUCAGGACCCGUUCUUCACUUUCCUGCUCUAACCGUGAGGGAUUCUGGGAGUUACACCUGCACUUGGAAAACCAACGAGACAUCAGGAUCUGAAACGAUCAGCCUUCAGGUCGAGGGUUUAACAGGUGAAAAUCCUGAUCAUUGGCCAAUCUGGAUCAUUGUUGUGUUGACAGCCGGACUGAUUUUCAUCACCGUAGCUAUCCCAGCUGUGAUUUACAGCAGGAGGUUUCUGUGUGAGCGCAGGAGUGUCCACACUGAGCAGCAGAAGGAGGACGAUUCUGAUAUCUAUGCUAAUGUCCAGCAGAAGGAGGACGAUUCUGAUAUCUAUGCUAAUGUCCAGCAGAAGGAGGACGAUUCUGAUAUCUAUGCUAAUGUGUAA